UAUAUGUAUAUAAACGUGUACAUAUGUUAUGUCCUCUUUCUUUAAGAUUUGAUCGAGCAAGAAACGGCAAGAAGAGGACAACAGCCUGAAAAUUCAAAGCUUGUGGGUGCACGUUAACGCCUGAAGAGUGGGAGAAACAAACAUUUACAUAUACAUUCAAACAGAGUUGUAUCUAUAUAUUGAUCGAGGGAGAAACAUUUACAUAUACAUUCAAACGGACAUUGAAAGCAAACAAGAAGAGUAAAUGGAUGCUCUGUGCUUGAACACGGGGGUUAAUGCUAUUGCUUCGACGAUCUCUGUCGGUGGAGCGCUCGAUAUCCGUACUUGUGCACCGCAGUUGACCGCGGUGAGCCGGACCGCGGCUGAUAAAACAGCGCCCGCGGCAAAGCAUCAGAAAGCGGCGUCGUCGAGGUUCUCUUUCAGGUAUCCUUUAAAGUCUUUGUGGCUGGGCGGAAGGGAUACGGAUAAAAGAAAUAACGGGCUUGCUCUGGAUGACGCCGUUCUGGUGGAUAACGGAGAUGGCAGAAGGGGCGUCGUUGAGGAUAGCGAGAUUGGAGAGAUUGGGUCCGCACAGGAGAGAAAUGGGAACUGGGUGAUGAAGAUUUUGUACCUACGCUCGCUCUGGAAAGACGAGGAACAGAGGGAGAGUGGUGGGGGGGAAUCGGAGGGAGAGAAGGGGAUAAAUGGCAUCGUUAAUGGUGAUAAAAGCGAUUGUAAUGGUGACGCCUCUAGGGACGAUAGUGAUAGGGUUUGUGAUGAAUGUAGAGUAGAUGAUGAUGACGACGAAAAAGAGUUGCAGUUUGAUAGAGAUUCGUUUUCGAGCAUGCUGAGGAGAGCUUCUCUAUCUGAAGCGAAGCUAUAUGCCAAAAUGUCCUACCUGGGGAACUUGGCGUACUCAAUUCCAAAAAUCAAGCCAGGAAAUCUCUUGAAAUAUCAUGGUCUACGAUUUGUAACUUCAUCAAUAGAGAAGAGAGAAUUGGCAAUUAAAGCCGAUAAAAAUGAGGUUUCAGUUGAAAACGAAGAAGAAGGAUCUCUCCCAAACGAUAAACUAGAAGACAGGGAGCAGAAUAGAAGUGGUUAUCGGAUAAGUGCCUCUACUGCAUAUCAUAUAGCAGCCUCAGCAGCUUCUUAUCUGCAUUCUCAUACAAAGAGCAUACUGCCAUUCAGAUCCUGGAAGACUGAGAACUUGCUUGAAACCACGAGUGAAAGUGGUGACAUUGCUAUGAAGUCAGAUGUGGCUGAUCUGAUGGCUACCACUGACUCAGUGACAGCUGUUGUUGCUGCAAAGGAGGAAGUAAAGCAGGCUGUUGCAGAUGAUUUAAAGUCAACAAAGUCAUCACCCUGUGAAUGGUUCAUCUGUGACGAUCUGAAUGGCUCAAGAUUUUUUGUGAUCCAGGGGUCCGAGUCGUUGGCAUCCUGGAAAGCAAAUUUACUUUUUGAACCUAUUCAGUUUGAGGAUCUGGAUGUUCUUGUACAUAGAGGUAUAUAUGAGGCUGCGAAAGGAAUUUAUGAACAGAUGCUGCCUGAAGUCCGCGCCCACCUUAAAUCUCAUGGAAACCGUGCUACUUUUCGAUUCACUGGGCAUUCAUUAGGAGGAAGCUUGUCACUCCUUGUAAAUCUCAUGUUGCUUAUAAGGGGUGAAGUACCGGCUUCCUCCUUACUUCCAGUUAUAACAUUUGGUUCACCAUGCAUUAUGUGUGGAGGUGACUGGCUUCUUCGAAAACUUGGGUUGCCUCGCAGCCAUGUUCAGGCAAUUACAAUGCAUAGAGACAUUGUGCCCCGUGCCUUCUCUUGCAAUUAUCCUAAUCAUGUUGCAGAGUUUCUGAAGGCCGUCAAUGGCAACUUUCGGAAUCAUCCUUGUCUCAAUAAUCAGAAACUAUUGUUUGCCCCAAUGGGAGAGCUUCUGAUUUUACAACCAGAGGAGAAAUUCUCUCCACAUCAUCAACUUCUUCCUUCUGGCAGCGGUUUGUACUUCCUAAGCUAUCCACUUUCAGGCAGCAAAUCCUCAGAGAAAGAUCUCCGAGCUGCAGAGAUGGCAUUCUUAAACUCACCACACCCUUUAGAGAUACUAAGUGACCGUGGUGCAUAUGGUUCUGAAGGAUCAAUCCAGAGAGAUCACGAUAUGAAUUCUUAUCUAAUCUCAGUGAGGGGCAUAAUUCAUCAAGAGUUAAAUCGCAUAAGGAAGGCCAAAAGAGAGUACCGCCGCAAAGUUUGGUGGCAACUAUUGGCCCCGAGCAGCAUUAGCACCGGGAUCAUUAUGGGGAGGCCCGUUGUUAAAGCGGGACAAGAACAGUUCAACUUCUCUGGUAUCCUACAAACCGGGAGAGAAUCAUUGAAGCGGUUCAGCCGGCUCGUGACGUCACAGCAAAUGCAUUUGCUUGUUGUGUUCUUGUUACCUGCAAGGCUGUUUCUGCUGGGAACAUGCAGCGUGAUUAGUUUCAAUUAAGCCAGCUUAUUUGGUUUGGCACUUAGUGUUUACUUUGAAUUUUAGAAGAAUGUAUAGGUGGAGGCGGCAUGUGGGUUGCCAGCUUGCUUAGAUGAUUCUUUAUUCAUUGACUUGACUCUUUUGCCAAAAGAGAAAAGUUCAAAUUGUAUUCUUGUUCUUGACAGAAGGACUUUGAGAAAUAAUUGGAAAUGGAAUAUAAAGGGAAAAAGGAAAUAGCUAAAA